AAGCUAUCAACCUUUGCUCUUAUCGAUCUGUUGCAAAAGGGAUAAUAUUGUUUGUGAUUCAAAAGAAGUGAGAUUUUAUCUGAAAACCUGUAAUGGGAACUGAAGAGACAAAGGACCCUCUGAAAGGGGUUGAUUGGAAAGCAAUUGGUAGUGAGUUGCAGAAGGAUCCUAGUGCUGGUGGUAAAUCAGCUGUAAAGAAGCGGCUUCCGAAGAAAAUUAGGCAAAUUCCAGAUUGUUAUUUCCUUCCUCGGAUGUCCGUUCCUUCUGCUAUUGCCUUCUAUGGAGCGUGUAUUGCCGGUGGCAUUGGUGCUGGAAUGCUACUCGAGGUCUGGAUAAACAAGAAAAUUAAAGAGGACGGAGGUGUAAUAUGGGAAUUCGACAAAUAAUGCUUCAUAUCGUUAGAAGAGAUCCUUCCUCUUGGUGAGUUUGAACAUGGCAG